AUGGAGCUGAACGGACACGGUCCUAAACCCAGCCAUUACAGGCCAUCAGCAAAUCUCAAGUCGAAAGAGUUGCAGUUUCGGGAAUUUGUCGAGCGCAAGCAUCGCGUUAAGCUUGGUGAGUUCGAAAAAAACUCAAGAUCCUGAUUUUAUAUUGAACUUCAGCCAAUUACCGAGAGUUGCACCGUUGGAGCUGUGACAAUUACGCCGAAUUCUGGGAAGCCGUUGUCAAAUUCGCAGAGAUCAAGUUCCAUGACGAUUAUGAUCAAGUGCGUUCUCUUUCUUUUUUGUAACUUCUUUAUUGUUAAGGUAAUCGAUAAAUCGCAAACCAUCGCCGACUUCCCCAAAUGGUUCGAAGGUGCCACGUUAAACUACACCGAGAAUGUCAUUGAACGCGGUUUCAAAGAAAAUAUAGCUAUUAUUGACGAAAGUGAGUUUUCUUUUCUGAUGAGGAGCUUCAAACCACAGACAUUUCUAAAAUAAAUGGUCAUUUUUCAGAAAACAACGGUGUUUCUACGAGUUACACAUAUGAACAGCUACGAGAAGAUGUCUAUCGCGUCGCCACAUCGCUGCGAAAUUUCGGUCAGAGAAUUCCUACCGGUUUUUCGAAAAGGACAACUUCCAACAGAAUCCAUUCAAAAACUAACAAUUCAACAAACAUUUUCAAAUCAUAUUCCCAGAAAAAAAUCUUGAAACCUCACGAAGCAGGUUUCCGAGAAAAGCUUAACUAUUUAUUUUUUUAAAUGGUUUUUCUUCCAGGAAUCGGCAAAGAGGAUACUGUCUGCGGUUUCUUGCCCAAUAACUAUGAAACGGCCGUCGCCAUGUUUGCUACAGCUGCGGUCGGCGCUUCUUGGUGCAGUGCUUCAGUUGAUUUUGGGCCUGCUGGUGUUCUUGACCGGUUCAAACAGGUUUCAACAUUCAUUUGUACAACCUCAAAAGAAAAGUUUGCAGGUGAAUCCCAAGAUAUUGUUUACCGUAAACAGCGUAACCUACAAGCGCAAGCAUCAUGACUUAUCGCCAAAGCUGAAUGAAAUCGUGGCAGGUCAGGUUUCAGAUAUUGAAUAAAGCUUUUCGAAUAUAAAUGAUCUUCUGGAAUUCUGUCAAGAAGAGACCGGAUCUCAAAACUUCUACUUCAGGCCUCCCCUCACUCGAAAAAGUCGUCGUGAUGACCAAAUUCACCAAUGAGCCGCUCAACCUGGAAAACUACAAGGAGGCCUCGAAAUUCCAAGCGGUUGACGAUUUUAAAGUUCCUUUCGACAAAGUCCCUGAAAAGUUUGAAUAUACUAUGGUGAUGAACUUCAUAUAACGGAAUUCAUAACUGGCUUUUUAGGUUCCAUUCUCCCAACCGCUUUUUGUCAUGUUUUCCAGUGGAACCACGGGUAUUCCCAAAGCGAUGGUUCAUACUGUUGGAGUAAGCUUUAAGAGAUGUAAUACUAUCGCCUUGCUCACUACUUUCAGGGAACUUUGUUGAAACACGUCGAGGAACACAUUCUUCAAGGCGAUUCUCGGUCUUAUGACCGAAUGUUCUUCUACACUACUUGUGGAUGGAUGAUGUGGAAUUGGUAAGUUUUUACGUAUUUUUUUAGUAGCUACUAGGUCCGAGUCAAAAAAAAUGACUUGAGGGACAGAGAAAACAAAAAAAUAUUCAUUCAAGGUGCGACAAAUCACUCCUAAAAAUUUUUCUCAGACUUCUCGGAUUUUAAAGGCAUAGGGGCAGUAAAAAAACGGUGUUUCAGUUCAAAGCAGUACUUUGUAGAGCUUUUCAUUGCGAAUCGAACGGUGAAUUUGGAAAAGUACAGAACUUCCUAGUUUUGGAGAAAAAAUAAUUCAAAGUCGGAGAGAGGAAAGUUUGAGUUCCCGCGAAAAGGGCGCUUUGCAGUAAAGUUGCUCUAUGGACAACAGGCUUCGCCAUCUUCCGGAUUUUCGCUUUUUUCUUCGUUUCUUUCAAUUUUCAAUUUUUUCUGUUGUCACCAAAGUUCUUUUCGUCACAAAAGCUUUCUAUGCAUGUAUAAUUUGCAAACUUUGGUCGCAAAAAAGCGUUUUUCGUGAAAAAUGAUGAUUUUACCCAGGUUUUGAUUGGGAUUGCGAUUAUUUGUGUUUUCUUUAUCAUCAAUGAGUGUUUCCUGUUUUUUUGUUCGUUUUUUUCAGAGAAAGAACCCUUAAUUUGAAGCAGAUAUCAGUUUAUUUCACAAAAAAUGCAAGUCUAAUAAGACGUCCGCAACAUCGCGUGCACGGCUACUGUAAACAUUUGUCCGUAGGCCGAUCCAAAGCUUUUUUCAAAAUUAAAGGCGGGAAAGUAAAGUCGCGUUUUUCUUCUAAAGUUGUCACAUCUGUAAUUUUUUUGAGUACACCAUUCGAUUCGCAAAGAAAAACUGUAUAAGAUACUGCUUUCACCUGAAACCCCAUUUUUAACUGCCCCUAUGCCUUUAAAUUUUGAAUAUUAAAUCUCAUGAAAGAUUUGGAGCUAGAUUUCUGUGAAAACUACGUCUUCUUAUACAACAUUUUCAGGAUGGUCAGUUUCCUUUACUGCGGCGGUUCUCUAGUUCUUUAUGAUGAGAGUCCUCUGGAACCGGACAACCACAUUCUCAUGAAGGUCGACUUUUUCCAGUUUUUGUGAAUCCAUUUUAAAUUUCCAGAUAAUCAGCCGGAACAAGGCUACGAUGAUUGGAAUGGGCGCCAAGCUUUACGACGAAUUCGUCAAAAUGAACUACCGUUUUUGUGAGUUUGAUGAGAAGUUCUCACAUACAUUUUUUUGGGUUAAGAGCUUUUAAAUUAAACUAUGGGUUCUCCGAAAAGAUCUCAGAUUUUCCAUCUCAAAGUUUAAAAAAAAGUUAUCAAUUUGAAAACUUCAGUUUUUUUUCUAUUCCUUCUCAUCGAGAGAAAAUUACUCUACCUUCAAAAUAAAAGUUUUACGGAUUUCCCAUUCUGCAGGCGAUUCCUACUCGCUCGCCCAAGUUCGAACUGUUUACUCUACUGGAUCCCCAUUGAAGCAUGAGACUUUCGACUUCAUCAACACCCAUAUCAAUCCUGCGGUUUGCUCCAUUUUCCACAAGAAUAUUAAAUUUUUCGGCUUUCCAGGCUUUGAUUGCUUCAAUUUCCGGAGGCACAGAUAUCAUUGGAUGCUUCAUGGGAGGCGUUCAUUCACUUCCAGUCAAUUCUGGAGAAUGUCAAUGCUUUUUCCUUGGAAUGGAUAUUGCGGCUUAUGAUGAAGAAGGUUAGAAUUCCAGGAAAAUACCUCAAAAAAGGUUCGAAGAAGCAAGAACUUAAAAGAAAAGAGUCAAUUUUUACAAUUGAAGGAAAAUUUGAAACAUGAAGUUUUCUCACGAGGUACCAGUUUUCUAACCAGAGUCUUAUCUAGCUCUUUCUCAAAAACAUGGUUUUUCCGGUUCUUUUAUUUCCUGGAGAAAGAGCUGAUUCAUUUUUAAGCGGCUUUUUUUAUUUUUCUCGCCAUCUGAAAUUCAUGACUCCGAAAAAGAGGUUCAAGAUUUUCAACUUUUUAUUUUUCUGAGUUAUUCAUUUCAAAACCAGGAACCCUUUUGUUGGAGAUAAAUUCAAAAGGAAAAUUCUAGGAAAGCCUGUGGAAAACGAACAAGGCGAAUUAGUAUGCCUGAAGCCGUUCCCAUCAAUGCCAUCGCACUUUUUGGGCGACAAAGACCGCUCAAAGUACAAGAAGGCCUAUUUUGAAAAAUACGACGGGAUUUGGGCUCAUGGAGAUUAUUGCAAAAUUAACAGUCGGACUGGAGGCGUCGUCAUGUUAGGAAGGUGUGAUAACAGUUAUUUUCGUGGUAAAAAUAGAGCUCAGGAGUGACGCGACAUUGAACCGAGGCGGUGUUCGCAUUGGGACUGCUGAAAUUUAUGCCGUCGUUGAAACUUUCCUCGAAGUUUCGGACAGUAUUGUAGCAGGCAAAACAGUGUAUGUUCUUGAUUUUGUGGACAAAUAGUUCCAGUUGUUGAGCUGAGAAAGUCAGAAAAAAAGAUCACCUUUGAAGUCAUGGAAAAAAGUUUGGAUUCAAUGUAACAGAUGAUAAGUUCCCCAAAUUGGUAAAAUACGUCCGUUUUAAAUUGGCCGAGUCUUAUAUACUUGGUUUUAAAUUUCUUGAAACUCGGCUCUUUUCAAAAUGGCAUUUUCGAAAAAAAUGUCGAUUUCGAUCAUGGUUGCGAUGUUUUUUUCAGAUUAAACUAUAGCCAUGCUUCUUUUUAUGAAAAGUUGAAAAAAUCUUCUACGUCAUUAUAAAAUUUCUGACACUAUCCUUUAUUUCCUAUCAGUAAGUUGAAAAUCAUUUUUCCCUUUCAUGAAGACCGUGAUACAUUUUAAAGCUUCAGAAUUAAAGAAAACUUCUCUAUCUGUCUGAAUGAAUAAUUAACUUUUUGAAAAAUAAGAAAUUGCGCAGGUUGACGCUUUGAGGGUUUUCAUUAUGUGUUUCAAAACUCAACCCUCCAAACUUUUUCUAAUUCUGAUAUCUAUCUAUUUUCAGCGACGAGGGAAGCGAUGAGCUCGUCAUCUUGUUCCUCAAAAUGAACGCCGGAUACGAGUUGAAUGAUGAACUCAGAAAGAAGAUAUGCACCAGAAUUCGCAAUGAAAUGUCCCCCCGACAUGUCCCUAAUAAAAUUUUGGAAGUCGAGCAAGUCCCGGUUGGUUUUUGAUGUCGGGUUUCGCAAUAAACCGGACAUUUUCAGUACACCAACAGUGGAAAAAAGGUUGAGAUCGCCGUCAAGCAGAUUAUCAAUGGUGAAACGGUACGAAAAAUCAAGCUUUCCAGUAGAAAAUGAAGUUUUUCAGCCGAAGAAAGCUUCGUCGCUUCGGAAUCCAGACUCCCUGGAUUGUUAUGAGCAAUUUAAGUCAUUGAAUUAA